UUCCGAAACGGAGUAGAGUAAUCCGGAGGCCAGCUGAGUUCGCCGUAGUCAACUCUCUCACCCCAGCGAAGGAAUCACGGAGGCGCGGCCAGAGUCGAGCCCCGCGAACCCUCCUUCUCCGCCGUCUAACACGGGCCACGGCCGCCGUCGACGACCGCGACGCCGUCUUCCCGAGCUCUGGCCGCCGUGCCGUUGACCAUGGCGCCGCCGCCGCUGCUCCUCCGGCCUCCCCGAUCCUUCCGUCGCACUCCUGGUGAGCAGGCCAACCUCCCCAGCCCUUCCUCCCUCUCAACCGCGUCCUGGAACAUCACCGCGCCGUGCGCCGCCUCAGAUGGUUGUCGCCGGCGUCGUUCCGGCGACUCAGAAGUAGCAGCGCCGCUCUAGCUAGGUUCGGCACGAGCCCGUGCUUCGACCACGCCACUUCGCGCGUUCCCCGGUGGUCUGCUCCGCCGUCGCUGGCGUCGGUCACCGGCCGGUCGCCGGGGAUGACCUGGCCUGGCGGGUCCUCCGCCCGACCGUUGACCCGGGCCGCGUGGCCUGCUUGCGUGGUACGCUGACCCGAACCUAGGCACCACUGCUACGGGUACCCUAGCGGUUGCCCCCGUUCUUUUAAUUUCCAGAAAUUCUAGAUUUUGUUUUAGUCUUGUAAUUUCCAUAACUUUUAUUCUGUACUCCACUACCUCACAUCCCUGUCAAUAGAAGGUAUAUUUUUAAAUUGCCUCUAAUAGUUAUUUUAGAAGGCACUUUUUAAAAUUAUGCCUUUUAUUGUGCCUCUAAUUAAAGGCAGUUUUAAAAAAUGCCACAAAAUGUAUAUUAUUGGAGGCAUUUUCAAUAGUGCCUCCUAUAGUCUAUAUUCAAAGGCACUUUAAAUCAAUGCCACAAAUUAUCAUUGUAGGCAGUUUUUAAAAGUGCCUCCAAAUAUAUACUAUUAGAGGCAUUUUCAAUAGUGGCUCCUAUAUCUAGAUUUAAAGGCACUUUAAACCAAUGCACUCCAAUAAAAUACAUUUUGUACACCUGCCACGACGCGUCGUACCACGUGCUCCCGGCAGCGGGGGAAUCGAACACUGGACGUGCUGCACCAGUGCACGCGCUCGCCCUGUACGUGCUAAGGGCAUCCGCACUGGGGCUACCCAUCCGGUCCGGCUGUGUCCGGAUUUGUCCGAAAUGUGUCUGGGGGCAAAAAACAACCCUCCAGCGGUGCGUCCCAUCCGGACAGGCAUGUCCGCCGCGACCCAUCCUCGACCCAAAUUUGCGUCGCGGAUGCGUCGGGCCAGACACGCCCGGACACAAAAAUGUGUCCGCCCGCGCCUUUCCGGCGCCACAUGCCAUCGACACAAAACACUUCUCAGUCUUGUUUUCUUCCUCUGUCUGCUGCCUGACCCUCCGCCGCCCCGCGAGCUCUGAUACAUUGGAAAUGUAUCUAUAAUUUUUGAUGCUCCAUGCUUGUUUAUUGCCAAUUACUUUAUAUUUUACUUGUGCUUCUUGGUGUUUUUAUUGAUUUCCUGCCACUAACAUAUUGACAAGAUGCCAAAGUGGCCAGUUCCUGUUUUCUGCUGUUUUUGGUUCCAGGAGAGCUAAAAAAUAAAUAUUCUCGGAAUUGACAAAGGAGCUAUUUUACGAAGUUUUACACCGGAAGACUCCAAAAGCCAGAAGGGGGCACCUGGGGGGGGCCUGGUGGGCCCACACCACCCCCAGGCGCGAUUGGGCCCCUGCCCGCGCCUGAGUGGGGUGUGGCCCACCAGAGCGUCCCCCGGCUCCGCCCUUUCGCCUAUUUAUUCACCCCGAAGGGAAAACCCUAAAUAUAGCGCAAAAGUUCCAGAAAGAAGUCUGUAGCCGCCGCCGUCGUCGCGGGGAGAUCAGAAGCUCUUCCCGGCACCCUGCCGGAGGGGAGAUCAUCACCGGAGGCCUUCUUCAUCACCAUGCCCGCCUCCGGAGUGAUGUGUCUCUACUUCAACCUUGGUGCCAUUCUUUGUUUCCUACUGGUCGAUUAAACCUUGGUUUCAUAACUGAGGGGAAUACUUGUUGAUGUCUACAUCACCACCUUCCUCUUGGGGUUUCCCAACUCGACUGACAUCAUCGAAUUUCUGGCGCCGUUGCCGGGGAGACAAAGUGGCACUCACAGAAGUUUUUCUCCUUCAUCACCUCCAACAAUUUCUUGCACCGUGGGGAAGAAGAAGAUUUCCACAAGGGCAGUCCUUCACUUCCAAUCUCUUUAUUUUGUUUUUGUCUUGCUUAGUUUCUUUAGUUUUGUUUUGCUCGCCUCUUUUAGAAAAACACAAAAAAAAAGUUUCCUUUUUAGUACUUGUUUUAGUUGCCUUAUUCUAGUCUUGCUAGGAUGUCUGUUGCUGAGAACACCAAGUUGUGUGACUUUACUAGCACCAACAAUAAUGAUUUUAUCUGUACACCUAUUGCUCCACCUGCUGAGACUGCUUUCUAUGAAAUUAAGCCUGCUUUGUUGAAUCUAGUUAUGAGAGAGCAAUUUUCUGGUGUUAGUACUGAUGAUGCUGCUACUCACCUCAAUAAUUUUGUUGAGUUAUGUGAGAUGCAAAGGCUCAAAGAUAUAGAUGGGGAUCUUGUUAAGCUUAAACUGUUUCCUUUCUCUUUAAGAGGAAGAGCUAAAGAAUGGUUGUUGUCUUUGCCUAAAAAUAGUAUUGAUUCUUGGGUUAAGUGCAAAGAUGCUUUUAUAGGAAAGUAUUAUCCCCCUGCUAAGAUUAUUUCCAUGAGGAGUGACAUUAUGAAGUUUAAACAGUUUGAUAAUGAGCAUGUUGCUCAAGCUUGGGAAAGAAUGAAGUCUUUGGUAAAGAAUUGCCCCACUCAUGGACUGUCUACUUGGAUGAUUAUCCAAACUUUUUAUGCAGGACUGAAUUUUUCUUCAAUAAAUCUUUUGGAUUCAGCUGCUGGAGGAACCUUUAUGUCUCUCACCUUGGGGGCUGCCACAAAGCUUCUUGAUAAUAUGAUGACAAACUACUCUGAAUGGCACAUUGAAAGGGCUCCACAAGGUAAGAAGGUAAAUUCUGUUGAAGAAACUUCCUCUUUAAAUGCAAAGAUGGAUGCCAUUAUGUCUAUGCUUGCUAGUGGUAAGACUCAUGUUGAUCCAAAUAAUAUUCCCUUGGCCUCUUUGGUGACUCAAGAGGAGCAUGUUGAUGUGAACUUCAUUAGAAAUAACAAUUUCAACAACAAUGCUUAUAGGAAUAAUUUUGGUAGCAACAAUUAUAAGCCUUAUCCUCCCAACAAUGGCAACAAUUAUGGUAACUCUUAUAGUAAUUCUUAUGGUAGAACUGGGAUGCCUAGUGAGGAAAGAAUUUUAGAAGUUGAAAAAGCUACUAAAGAAUAUAUGCAACAACAAUUUGAGCAAAACAAAUUAUUCACUAAAACUAUGGAAGAACAAUCUGCUAUGUUGAAGCAAAUUAGUCAUCAACUUGAAAAUUUAAAUAGGGAAAUUCCUGGGCUUCAAACUAAAAUCUCUAAGGCUGAAAGUAGUAUUUCAUCUUUGUCCCAAGCUCAAUCUUCCUUGAUUAAUAAGAUGACUGCUAAAACUGAAACCAUUGAUAGCAAUCCCUUUGCUACUUUGAAUGCCAUCCAAGUUAGAAUUGAUGAAAAUGUUAGGAUGAUGGCUGAAUUGCAUGCUAGGUGGGAAAGAGAAGAUGAAAUUGCUAGAAACAAAGAAAUAACCAAAGUUUGUACCAUUACCACCACUAGUAGUGCUGAAACUCCAAAUAUUAGUAAGCCUCCUAUCAUUAAUAAUAAAAUAUUUAGCAAAGAAAAGGCCUCUACUCCUCCUAAAAACUGCCUAGAACCACUGAACUUGAUAUUGAUAGUGGUGCUGAAAUUUUUGGGAAAGUAGGAGACCAUAGCCCCCUGAUCUUUGAUAAUAAUGACUUUGACAUUAACCAUUGCACUAUCUCUAAAGUCAUUAAGUACCUACAAAAACUUGCUGAAAGUCCCCACACUAGUUCCCAAAAUUUGGCUUUUACAGAACACAUAACAAAUGCUCUAGUAAAAAGUAGAGAAAGAAAGUUAAAACAAGAAGCCUCUAUCCCUAGGACGAUAGAAGAUGGUUGGGAACCCUAAAAUGAAAGUGGAUGACUUUGAUUGCAAUGCUUUAUGUGACCUUGGUGCUAGUAUCUCUGUGAUGCCUACGAAAGUUUAUGAUAUGCUUGAUUUACCACCUGUGAAGAAUUGUUAUUUGGAUGUUGUUCCUCCUGAUAUUUCCAAGAAGAAACCUUUGGGGGGAGUUGAUGAUGUUCUUAUUGUUGUUAAUAACAACCUUGUCCCUGUUGAUUUUGUUGUUUUGGAUAUUGAAUGCAACUCUUCUUGUCCUAUUGUUUUGGGAAGACCUUUCCUGAGAACUGUUGGUGCUACCAUUGAUAUGAGAGAAGGGACUAUUAAAUAUAGUUUCCCACUUAAGAAAGGUAUUGAGCACUUUCCUAGAAAUAAAAAGAAGGUAGCUUAUGACUCUAUCAUUAGAGCAAAUUAUGAUGUUGAUGCUCCUUCAUUUGAAAACACUUGAUUUUCUCAAACUUUCCGCGCCUAGCUGAAAGGCGUUAAAGAAAAGCACCUUGGGAGAUAACCCGUGCUUUAUUUUCUGUUAUUUUUCUCUUUUGUUGAGUCUUGGAAGUUGUUACCUCUGUAGCAACCUCUCCUUAUCCUUUUUGUUUGGUUUUUGUGCCAAGGAUAACCUCUAAUGGAAGAAGGUACAAUUUUUGGGGAGUUGUUGUCCCGAGACAGAUUCUGUGCUGUUACCAAAAAAAAAUCGUAUGCCCAGCCAGAACGUCAGAAAAUUAUGACUUUUAACGAGCAUAUGCCCCUGGUUUUGUCUAACUUUCAUUAGUUUUGCACUUUUCGAUUUGAGCAACAGAAGGUGGUUCAAAAAAAAUGAUCUUUACCUGUUGUUCUGUUUUGACAAAUUUCUGCCAUAUUUUGCCUCUAGCCUCUUUACCUAUUCUUUUUGAGCUCUAAUGAAACGAGGAGCCUCGGGAAGAAGUAGCUACAGUAGCUAUGCUUUAUGAAUGAGUUUGAUUUGUGUUGGAACUGAACCCAAGUGAUCCUUUAUUUAAAUUUACUAAUGUUGCUAACUGAGAUUUUUGUGAAGUUUUGUAUGAAGGAAGUUUUCAAGUGUAGGGAAAGAAGAAUGAUGAGAUGAGAUGAAGAAUGGACAAAAGCUCAAUCUUGGGGAUGCCCAUGACACCCCAAGACAUAUUCAAGAAGUACAAGCGUCAAAGCUUGGGGAUGCCCAAGGCAUCCCCUUCUUCAUCAAUAAAAAUAUCAGGUCCUUUUUCAGUACACUAUAUUUUUAUUGCUUCAUAUACUAUGUGUUGUUCUUGGAGCGUCUUUGUUUUUGUUUUUAGUUUAGUUUAGUUUAGUUUGCUA